AUUCACGUCUUUUAAUAUCAUUAUUUUUUCAAAUAAAUUUGUUCCUAACUCUAAGACUGAAAUCUAUUUCCAGCACGAGUACCGCACACAAUUUUUUUGCCAUGCCUCGCGCUGCUGCCUUCAUCGAUAUUACUGUAAUCCAUAACGAAAUAUUCUUGCGCCGUACUUGGUAUCCUAAUUUUCCAACCGGUUUAUGGAACAGUACGUAAGUAACCCAAUAUACAAAUAAUGCGCUAAGUGGGUAGAAUAGUGGGUACAGAAAAUACCUAUCGCGAAUCGUCUAUGUCCUGUACUUAGACCUAUAAAUGUCCGUUAUGAAUUAUUAUUAAAUAAUUAAUUAUAUAUUGACACAUUAUAAUAUAGUAUUUAGUUAUUUAUAUACCUAAUAAUAAUAUACUCAACACAACGUGUUUACUGCGCAGUAAAUACUUAAAUUACUUAGUAACAAUACAAGGUCAAACAACCAUAUUUUAUUUUAUAAUUUAUAUUUUGUACAAAAUACUAUAAUGUACGCACAUGUACACGACUACACCUAUACCUACAUUUUUAUUUUAUUCCACACGAUUAAUUUUAUUUUCUCAAACAAUCUAUGGGUAAUUUAUCAUUUAGACAAAAGAAGGGCAGGAAUGAUUUGUCGAUCAGUAAAACAUCGUCAUGUGGCCUUACCGAAUUCUGGAACCAAAAAAGACAAGAUUUUGAUGAUAUCUACUUUAAUAAUAAGAAUUUUCCACCAGCUGAUGCUGCGGACUUUCGUGUGACAACCAUAUUGGAUGAAGGAUCUUUCGGUUCUGUUGUAUUGACAACUCACAAAAGAACUGGUACUGUUCAUGCAACAAAAGUAAUUGCCAAAAAGAAAAUCGUGAAAGGUCGUAAUGUGCAACGAAUGCUUAAUGAGAAACGAAUUUUGGAAUCCAUCAAUUUUCCGUUUGUCAUUAGCCUCGAGUAUUUCUACCAAGACAACAGUUUCAUUUACUUUGUCAUGCCGUUCGUGUGCGGCGGUAACAUUCAUACUCACAUGAAACGCCACGGACCGAUGGACGAGGACAAAGCGCGGUUUUAUUUUUCAGAAGUUCUUCUGGCCGUCGAAUACCUACACAAGUUAAACUUGGUGCAUCGAGAUAUCAAGCCCGAAAAUGUACUAAUCGACGUCAACGGGCAUGCUCAACUCGCAGACUUUGGGUUUUGUAAACACAUUAAGGGUCGUACGUUCACGUUUUGUGGCACUGCCGAAUACUUGGCGCCAGAAAUUAUACUCAGACGAGGAUACGGAAAAGCGGUCGACUAUUGGUCGCUCGGCGUACUCCUGUACGAGAUGUUGGCUAACCGUUCGCCGUUCAUCGAUCGCGACACCGGCAAGCUGUUCAGUAACAUCGUGACCGGGUCGUACAGCUGCCCGUUGGGCUUCUCGGACGACGUGAUCAACCUGUUGCGGAAUAUCCUCAAGGUGGACGUGACCAGGCGGUACGGGAACUUGGCGAACGGCAUCCGGGACAUCAAGAAGCACAGGUGGUUCGGUGACCAGGACUGGUGCGCGGCGUUCGACAGGCGCGUGACGCCGCCGUACGUGCCGGUCAUCAGCGACACCCUCGACACCAGAAACUUCGAUCCGCAACACGGCCAUCUGUUCUACGACGCCAGCAAGGACAUGUUCGGCGACAUUUUCAAGGACUUUUGACACGGCGGGACGGGCCUGCACGCAGUAUCGCGUCGAGAUGACGACCUCGACAAGGCAGAUGGAAAUCAAAAACGUAGGUACCUGCCUACACUUGGGCGCAAAGACAAAUAUAUGAGAGUAUUAUUUUUUGCAAAUAUUGUUUUACAAGUUGUGUACAGGUGAAGGUACCGCAGACGUUUAAUGUAGGUACGCCGUACGGCUAACUCUACUGUGCCAAGACUAUAUUGUCGUUAAACUAUAGGUAUAUUCUUUUAGUCUUGUUAUUUUUAUAAAUAAAUAUUAAUUUAU